AUUCCGAGUGUAUUUUUUGAGUCCUUGUGCACUCGUGUCUAUGAUCAAUGAUUUCGUGUUAAUUGUGUACAUUAGAUGCAUAAUAAAAGAAGAAAGGCAGAUACUUUCUUCCCUAUUCUAAAGUUCUAAACCCAGAAAGAGUGGAACUUUGAAGCAAGAUCUGCGCACAAGCCUUUUGCCAACAACAUUCCCAGCAACAAUCGUAAACUCCGCAUUCCUCGAAGGCAGCUGAUUCAACUAAUUAACUCCCAAUUAAGACAACACUAUAUCUCUGUUGGGAUUAGGGAAGAUGAUAUUAAGGCAAUUGGAGCACAUAAUGUUGUCACAGACUUUUACUGCCAUUACCAGGAGUUCCACUCUUCAGAGCAUGAGGUGUUCCUCCAUCACCCCGCUCUUCACAUCAUCAAGAAGGCUUCGAACUUUCUCCACCAUGAUUACUAGAUCCUGCAAGAAGGCGGGUUUCAGGCUUUUCUUCUCUGUCUGUCAAGUUUUCAGCACAUAUGGAAUCAGAGUCUUUUGUGUUUGGGCCUUACAAAAUAGAUCCAAAAGAAGUAUUUUACUCUACUACUCUCUCUUAUGCCAUGGUGAAUUUGCGCCCUCUUCUUCCUGGUCAUGUACUCGUCUGCCCAAGGCGUGAAGUAAAGCGCUUUGCUGAUCUCACUGGUGAUGAGACCUGUGAUUUAUGGCUCACAGCACAAAAAAUUGGCAGCAAGUUGGAGCAUUACCAUAAAGCAUCAUCACUAACUCUUGCAAUCCAAGAUGGACCUCAAGCAGGACAGACCGUACCACAUGUCCACAUUCAUAUAAUUCCUCGGAAGACUGGUGACUUUGAGAAGAACGAUGAAAUCUAUGAUGCGAUUGAUGUGAAGGAGAAGGAAUUAGCUGAAAAGCUGGACUUGGACAAGGAAAGGAAGGAUAGAACCCUUGAAGAAAUGAAUCAGGAGGCAGAGGAAUACAGAGCUCUGUUCAAGUAACUAUUAAGCUUUGGUGCCCAUAUUUGCUUCAUAUUUCGCCCUGAUUUCACUUUCUUGCUCGUUCGGAACAGAAACUGGGUAUUAUGCACUAACUAUUGUUCAUACAAUAUGAUUGAAAAUUUAAUGCUAGGUCAUGCAGUACUUGAUGCUUUACUAAUAUUAGCAUCUUUCUUCACUCUUAUUGAAAAUCAAUUGCUGAUGCUCUCUGAAAAAAUUAUAUCAUGACAAAAAGAUCUGUUUAUUCAA